CUUUUCUCAUUUUUUUUUCUUUUUUAAUUUUGGUUUCCGUAAAGACUUUUCCUUUCUUACAAUCUUACUAUUGCGGAGUCUAUAUAUAGUGGCUGUUCCGUUUCAGUUGUGGUGAAGCUUCCUCUACCACUCUAUCGUCGUUAUAUAUUAUUGUUGUGGUGCUUGCAAAUUACCAAACAAGUGGCAAGGAAUCCUGAGUGGGGAAAUGGAAGGAAAAGUUGUAAGUACAAGAUUCAAGAGAGUUUGCGUUUUCUGUGGCAGCAGUACUGGGAACCGAAAUUGCUACAGAGAUGCCGCCAUGGAGUUAGCCCAAGAGCUGGUAUCGAGGAGACUGGACCUUGUGUAUGGAGGUGGGAGCAUUGGACUAAUGGGGCUGGUUUCACAAGCUGUGCAUCGUGGUGGGGGGAAAGUUCUUGGGAUCAUCCCGAGGACUCUAAUGUGCAAAGAGAUAACGGGUGAGGCGGUUGGAGAGGUCAGGCCAGUAGCCGACAUGCACCAAAGAAAGGCUGAAAUGGCCCGCCUUUCUGAUUGUUUUAUUGCCCUACCAGGUGGGUAUGGAACUUUGGAAGAGCUUUUGGAGGUCAUCACCUGGGCCCAACUCGGUAUCCAUGACAAGCCUGUGGGCUUGUUAAACGUUGAUGGCUACUACAACUACCUUCUCACUUUCAUUGACAAAGCUGUGGAUGAUGGUUUCAUCAAGCCAUCCCAGCGCCACAUAAUAGUGUCUGCUCCUAAUGCCAAAGAGCUCGUUCAAAAACUUGAGGUGGGGAUCGAGCCUCAUUUUUUCACGUUGUUUAGGAGUACGUGCCUGUGCAUGAUGGAGUCUUGGCCAAGCCAAGGUGGGAGGUUGGGUUCCCACAACAGCAGCAACAACAGGUGGAGUUUAAUGCCACCGCUUUGAGAUUGAGAUAGCUCUAUAAAGAGAUCAGACAAGC